UAAUGUGCUGUCUUUUACAAAAUAAAGUAUAGAAGUCUUGUGCCUACCGCGCAUGCGUCACCUCGAUGUGUACGGAAGAGCUGUAGCAGCAUGAUACAUGGUGUAAACUGAAAUGUUCAAACACGUUUUUCUGACAGGACCUCCAGGAGUGGGGAAAACCACCCUGGUCCAGAAAGCCUGUGAGGCUUUAGUGUCAUCAGGAGUGGGAGUUGAAGGGUUUUACACAGAGGAGGUCAGGGAGGGAGGCCGGAGAGUUGGCUUUGAUGUAGUCACAGUGACAGGAGAGAGGGGCCACCUGUCCAGAAUCAGAGACGUUCCCGGUUCAUCUCAUGGCAGACGGGAAUACACAGUUGGGCAGUAUGUGGUUGACUUGCCUUCAUUUGAAAACCUGGCUCUCCCCCUCUUCAGAAACGUAGGGUCAGCAGAUGGGGGCAGCAGGAAGGUGUUUGUCAUUGACGAGAUUGGCAAAAUGGAGCUCUUCAGCCAGUCAUUCAUCAGGGCAGUGAGACAGACUUUAGAUAGCACUUCCUGCACCAUCCUGGGCACCAUCCCCAUCCCCAAGGGUAAACCGCUGGGUCUCGUGGAAGAGGUGCGGAGCAGGGGGGAUGUCAAGGUCUUCACAGUCUCUAAGGAAAACAGAAAUGCUAUACUACCCAACAUUUUAGCGACACUACAAAAUUGCCUAAAACAUACAACCUGAUGUGGAGAUUCAGAGCCACUAAAAGGGAAAAACCCUGCAGUUUGUGUGUAUUUUUGCGCUGUUUUAUUUGUGUCAAUGCUUAUACAGUACACACAGCCUGACUAUUCACGCUUCAUAACAGGGUUGUGACCUGAAGGGCAUACCUAGCUGCUGGAAGAGUUAGUGUGUCACAUGCAUGUAUUUAUGUACACAAUUUAUUUUUUAAUUUCUCAUACAGCCUCAAAAUGGAUUGCAUGCUGAAUAAUUCAUUAGAAGUGGGGGAAUUGUUCACUUAGUGUGUAAAUAUCCCGUGCUCUCAGAGCCAAAGACCACUAGUCUUCAAAACAGCUCUGUUUCAUUUUAUUUUUUUUUAUUUAGCUGCUGGUCUUUUCAAGCCUCUAGCAGGCAUUUCUCAUUUAUUAUAAUAUGUAUAAUAUUCAUUUGUUGUAAGUGGUGCUGUUUGUUUCAUAAAGGGGCAAACAAAGCAGUGCCCCUGUUUAUUAAUUUAGUUCUUUGCUAUAUGAGCCUCCCUUGUGUUUGUCCCGUCAACCCGAGGAUGUGCUCACUGAAAAUUAGUCAAUAUUUAACGGUGCAACUAUGCCCAAUUCUUUCGUGGUUUAUUCAUCCACUAGCAUGAACAAAAAAAUUGCAAAAUAAACAGUUAUUGUCUUUCAACAACAA